CAUGCUACUUUCCAACAACAAAGAAAGAGUGGAGGAGUAUCUGCUUUAGCACUGGUUUGGGAUCAUAUCGUUUUCAUACUCUAGCAUCCAAAUCAUCAAACAGCGUACAUAAUUGAGAGAGAUAUGGAACAUCAGAACAGAGUGUUUGAUGUGAUCGUCGUCGGCGCUGGGAUCAUGGGGAGCUCGGCCGCCUACCACCUUGCUAAAUGCUCUCAGAAUGUCCUCCUCCUUGAGCAAUUCGACUUCCUCCACCAGCGUGGUUCUUCUCACGGUGAAUCCCGCACCCUCCGCCUCACGUACCCCGAACCGUACUACCCUGGCAUGGUCCAUGAAUCACUGGACCUUUGGGAGCAAGCGCAAUUGGAAUCUGGUUUACGAGUCUUUACUGAAACCCGUCACCUUGACUUGGGUCCUGUAGAAAAUAGGAGCCUUGGAGCAGUCAUUGAGGUUUGUCGAGCCAAAUCGAUGGCUCACCAACUUCUUGAUUCAAAACAAGUUGGAGAACUUUUCCAGCAAGUUUUUGACUUGCCAGAAAACUGGGUUGGUUUGGUCACAAAAGGCGGAUUCAUUAAGCCAACGAAGGCAGUUUCUAUGUUCCAAUCGCUAGCCAUGCGGAGAGGCGCUAUACUGAAAGACAACACAGAGGUCCUUGACAUAGAAAGAGAGAGCAGGGGCGGGGGCGGGGGCGGGGGCGUGAGGGUGAUUUCGACCAAGGGCAUGUUCACAAGCAAGAAGUGUGUGGUUACUGUUGGUGCUUGGGCAUCCAGGCUUGCGAAGAGGGUCAGUGGGAUCGAAUUGCCAAUUCGACCAUUGCACACUACAGUAGGGUAUUGGAGGGUGAGACCAGAAUUUUGGCCAGAAUUCUUACCGGAAAAUGGUUUCCCGACAUUCGCAUGCUAUGACAAGGAUUACAUAUAUGGUACUCCCAUGUCUGAGUUUCCUGGUCUAGUCAAGAUAGCAUUGCAUGGUGGUUAUGCUUGUGACCCUGACACUAGGGAGUGCACCCCUGACUUGGCUUCACUAGAGAAGGUGGUGGGCCCAUGGGUGCGGGCCCUGUUCAGGGACAGAGUCGAGGCCGAAAAACCGGCUUUGGGUCAGGCUUGCAUGUAUUCGAUGACCCCAGACGAAGACUUCGUGAUAGAUUUUUUCGGGGGCGAUUUUGGAAAAGAUGUGGUUUUGGCGUCUGGGUUCUCUGGCCAUGGGUUCAAGAUGGCACCUGUGGUGGCUAGGGUUGUGACUGACUUGGUGCUCAAGGGGGAGGCUGAGGGUGUGGAGCUUGACUACUUUAAGAUGAGGAGGUUUGAGGAUAAUCCUAAGGGAAAUCCCAAGGUAUUUGAAGACCAGGUCUCAUCUUAUCUUGAAUCCAACUGAAGGGAAGUGGUGUUAUGGUGCAUGAUGUAUGGUACACCACAGGGAUAUCUACUGUCUGUUUCAAUGAUAGGCACUCGAUUUUCGGUUCUGUUAAUCUCCACCAUCCUUCAUCAAGAAUGGAUGGUGGAUGUGGCACUGGUAUGUACCAUCAUCAACCACAUACCACUAUUUUAUGGUGUGAGUUCCCCUGUCUAAAUCCUCUUCAAUUGGAUUACUCCAUUGAUUACCAAUAAUAUGGUUUUCAUUGUUAUCUUUUA